AUGCAAACUUCCUUUUCUGCAUCACUGCCGAGGUCAAUCAAUGCUGUUCGAAACAAUGCUAGAAAAUUUUAUAUGUGGUUUAUGGUUAGUUUAUUAUCUUUAAUUCAAGUUUUGAUUAUGAUUAUUUUUAUAUAUUUGCGGAAGUGUUUUUUAACUUUAUUAGAGCGUAAGAUGUUAAGUUAUGCGCAAAAUCGAAAAGGUCAUAAUAAAGUUGGAUUUUUGGGUUUAAUUCAACCUUUAUUAGAUAGUGGCAUAGCUGUGGUUGUCCAAGUAAUUGGGGGUAUAAUAUUAGCUUUAUAUUAUAGAGAUUCUGUUAGUUAUGCUUUUUAUUUUGUUAUUUAUUUGGAGAUUGAAGUUCAAAGGGGGUAUCUUAUUCGUUUUAUUCAUUCUACUGGUGCUAGAUUAUUUUUUAUGCUUAUUUAUAUUCAUAUUGGUCGUAGUUUAUGA